UCUUAGUGGAAGAGGCCACAUCUGUUCUUCGCGCUUUGUUUAGAAACUCGCAAAUUAUAUAAAGGAAAUAUAAUAGAACUUUCGACAAUACAAUUUCUUUGUAUUUAACAUUACAGAUAAAUGUGUUUACUGUUUUGAGAAUUUCAAAAGAAAUUUGAUGUUACAUCAAUCCGGUGAAUUCGACCGACUGAAAACUGAAAAGAAGAACAAUUAGCAGGUGUUUCGGAUGCAGGCCUGAGGAGAGUGAAGUGAUGAGAGACGUACACUGUGCCACCGCACCACCUCUCCACUGCUUACUCUCUUUCUAAGGAAACCACUUCACCUUUAUCUUAUGACUAAAACCACAUUCUUUUGACUGGACACCAUAAUGGCCUGCUUUGAAAGUUACACUGGCACAAAGGAAAAAGAAAACGUCUUGAUCCUCUGAAGAAAAAGAAGCACAACUUUUCACAGAAUGAUGAACGGGACGACCGGGGCGAUCGGGACAUCGGUGAAGUGCGUACUUGUUGGUGACUGCGCUGUGGGCAAAACAGCGCUGCUGGUGCGCUUUACCUCUGAGACAUUCCCUGACAGCUACAGGCCCACUGUCUAUGAAAACACUGGUGUGGACGUCUUCAUGGACGGCGUCCAGAUUAGCUUGGGGUUGUGGGACACGGCGGGAAACGACACAUUCCGCCAGAUCCGCCCCAUGUCCUACCAGCAAGCCGACGUAGUCCUGCUGUGCUACUCGGUGGCAAACCCCUCCACGCUGGCCAGCAUCCAGCAGAAGUGGAUAGCUGAGGUGCGUGAAUAUCUGCCUCGUGUGCCUGUCCUGGUUGUGGGCACUCAGACAGACCACCGGGAGAUGGGGCCGUAUCGUGACCGCUGCACCACGGCGUCAGAAGGCAAGAGGGUGGCUCAUGAAAUUCGAGCAAAGGGGUACCUGGAAUGCUCUGCACUCAUUAAUCGUGGUAUUCAGCAAGUGUUCGAGUGUGCUGUGCGAACAGCCGUCAACCAGGCACGCAAGCGGUCACGGCGGAGACUCUUUGAUCUGAAUCCAUGCCACAUCUCUUGACCAAAUGAACUAAACCUCUUUAACGAACCUCUAAGAUUUUACACUCAUCCAUCCAUCUUGUUGGUACACCCUCGUAUUUAUUCUGUGUGAUUUUACAAUAGUUGUUUGAUCUCCUAAGGGCUACACAACACUUUAAUCAGUCAUCUCAGAUCCAAGGUUCUCAAGUGGGCUCUGGGGUUCCCCAGGGGGUCGUAAAGCAUAGAUUUUUAAAGUUGGUUACAGUGAUGCGAAUUACCAAAUCCAAAUAAGUUUUAAUCGCUUUUAUAAGUUAAUCGCUUGUUUGUUUGGUCACAUGAAUUGAAUGGGUUUAAGCCUAACCUACAAAUCUCAAAAACAUCAAGUUGUUGAAAGUUUUGAAAGUUGUUACUUUUCAAAAAACGUUAGUCCUUAAUGAUUAGGUCCGUGGAUUUUCUUAUAUUUUUUUAUAUAAAGGUCUUGUCUUACUUGUAGGUAAUACCACUCUAUAAACUUUAUUAGAACUCAAUGAGCCAUAAAAAACCUCUUUAACCUCGGUCUCUAGCAAAUCUCAUUGUCUCUACGUGACACUCAGACCCACUGGAGACUCUUUUACCAAGUGUCUGUGGGCGAGGCUUUUGAUAUGUAAUAAGAUACAAGACAAAUUGUAAAGUAAAUUGACAAUAAAGUAUAUCACAUCAUAUCGUAUAUAUUUAACAAAUGUGUUCAUUUUCACAUUGGAAAUCCAUUCAUACAGUGGGAUGAUGGCUAUGUAUUUUAUUUAGAUCCAAAGUUAAAUGUUCCGCCCUUCCUUAACAUUGUCCUUUUUCAUUCUCUUGACCACCAAUGAAGAUCAAUGUGUUCCUCCAUAGAAAGUAAAAUUUAAGAAACGUAUUGUUUUACAAAAGUAAUCUAAAACAUAAUAUUAUAUGUUAUAAAAAAGUUCAUAAUAUAGUUUUUAUAUAAAAAAAUAUAGAGGCUAACCUUUACAGCCUCUAUAUUUUUUUUUAUAUAAAAACUAUAUAUAGGUAAAUUUCAGACUUCUACCGGACGCUUGUGCAGACACUAGAAUGUGUAGAGUUUCGAAAUACUUUACGUUCGACAAUAUGCCACUGAACGUCUAACGAGUUACUGAUGUACAUAUGCAGGUAAUUAUAUCAUGAGGGUUUGCAUUUUUGGAUUAAUAGAUGUUAAGCUAUGUAAUAAUGGAAGCUUUUGUAUAUUUGCAAGGUUAGUUGUAAAAUAAACAUUACUUUUCACACUUUUAUCUGGGAUCACCCAAAUAACAGAUGCAAACUGUAGUUUUAUAGUAAUAUGAUUUUUUUCAGUCACAAUACUAAAACAGAGUGAUAUGUUUUUUAUUUAAAAAAUGAUGUUUUACCCUUUUUGUAAAGAAAUUAUAGUUAGCUUUUUUUUUUUUUACACAAUAUCAUAAAAAGGUGUCUUUUCUCUUUUUUUGGAAUAAAUUCAAUUCCAAUUUCUUUUUCAAUUCACUCUAAUACACUGUUGUUAACAGAACUGCAAGCGCCAUGUUAACAUACGGUAUGUUCAUAAAUCAUGCAGUGAAUAUCUAUACAUACAUGCAUUUAUUGGAAAUAUCAUGAAAAUUGUGAUGAUGAUGAUCAAGGUGCAACAAAUAAACAGUGACUUACAGUAAAA